AUGGGCUCCAUCCCAUUUUGCACCUUGCUUUGCUGCCUUAUCAGCACAGCAGCAGCAAAUAUAUUUGAGUAUCAGACAGAUUCCCAACCAUUACGUCCAUGUGAACUUCAGAGAGAAAAGGCUUUUUCAAGAGGAGAAGCCUACGUUCCUCAGUGCUCAGAAGAUGGCCAGUUCAGGACAGUUCAGUGCAGUAGGAAUGGUCUUUUUUGUUGGUGUGUGGAUGAGAAUGGCAUUGAGGUACCUGGCAGCAAACAGAAUGGAUAUCCCACAUCUUGCUUAUCCUUCUGCCAGCUGCAAAAACAGAGGAUCUUGGUGAGUCGCUACAUCAACAGCAGUAGCAUCUCCUACAUCCCUCAGUGCCUGGAUUCAGGGGCUUUUGAUGAGGUGCAGUGUGACAUGAAGCUGGGUCAGUGCUGGUGUGUCGAUCCAGAAGGAAUGGAGAUUUAUGGCACCAGGCAGAGAGGAAAGCCAACAUGGUGUCCAGGGAACUGUGAGAUCCGAGACCGCCGCAUUCUGCAUGGGUUUGGGGAGAAGAGCCCUCCUCAGUGCUCAGCAGAUGGGGAGUUUCUGCCUGUCCAGUGCAAGUUUGUCAACACGACAGACAUGAUGUUUUUUGAUCUCAUUCAUAGUUACAACAGGCUCCCAAAGGCUUUCCAGACUUUCAGCUCCUUGCGGGAGACAUUCCCAGAGGUCUCUGGAUACUGUUACUGUGUGGACAGCCUGGGGAGGGAGUUGGCAGACACAGGCUUGGAACUGCUGCUUGAUGAGAUUUAUGACACGGUUUUCUCUGCACUGGAUCCUGCCCGCACGUUCACAGAGACCAGCAUGUACCGGCUCCUGCAGAGGCGGUUCCUGGGGGUUCAGCUGGCUACCUCUGGCAAGUUCAGGUGCCCCUCAAAGUGUGAGGUGGAGCGGAACGCAGCCCUGCGCUACCAGCACAACUACGUGCCGUCCUGUGAUGCUGGUGGGGGCUACACACCAGUGCAGUGUCAGCAGGGAGGACAGUGCUGGUGUGUGGACACCAAAGGGCAGGAGGUCCAAGGCACCAAGAGACGAGGACAGCCCCUGGCCUGUGGUGAAGAACAAACAUGCAUCUCUGAGAGACGACAGGCCUUGUCGAGGAUCUUUUAUGGCCCUGCUGGGUACUUCAGUCAGGCCAAUUUGUUUUCAACACCAGAUAUGCAGUCGGAAAAAAUAGCUGGCUACUCAAGACCCUGCCCUCCCUCCUUCAAGGAGCUGUUUCUGGACUCUGGGUUGUCAUCCCCUGUUGCACAAAGCCCAUUUGUCAGCCAGAUUUCUGGACUAGAAACCACUCUUAGUGAAGCCAUCACGGGGAUCUUCCCAUCGAGAGAACUGGCACGAAUGGCACUGCAAUUUACUGCCAAUCCAAAACGUUUCCAAGAAAACCUCUUUGGAGGAAGGUUCUUGAAGAAUCUGAUCCAGUUCAACUUCACAGGCAUACUUGGCACUAGUGGGAAAUACAGCAUUGGACAAUUUUUCCCACAAGAGGCUCUGGCAGAUCAGAAUAACAGCCAAGGCCUUCUGGAAUCGGCUGAUGCAUUUUCAUUGGAGAUAUCAAAGGCGGGAAGCUCCAUUUUGAGUAAACCUGUCGUAGACAGCUUUGGACGCACAGUAACUCUACAGGACAAUCAGAAUAUGAUGAAAUUCCUUUCCUCUGUUCUGGAAUUACCAGAGUUCUUUACUUUUCUUCAACAAGUGAUUUCUGUCCCCAGAAGAGUUGCUGAAGAUUUAGGUGAAGUGGUGAAACUAGCAUUGGGAUCCAAAGACUGUGGUGAAGAGCCAAGGGACCUGUUUGUUCCCACAUGCACCAAGGAGGGGAGGUAUGAGGAAGUUCAGUGCUAUGCAGGAGAGUGCUGGUGUUUGGAUCCAACAGGUAAGGAAAUUCCAGGCUCAAGAGUUCAGGGCAAACAUCCAAGGUGUCCCACUGACUGUGAAAAGCAAAGGAGAAACCUGCAAAACUUGAAGCAAAGCCUGCCUGCUGGAUCAGAUCUUUUUAUUCCUUCUUGUACCAAGGAUGGAGACUUUCUGCCACUCCAGUGUUACGGGACAAAUUGCUUCUGUGUUGAUUCGAGUGGCAAGACUAUUCCAGGAAUAAGUGGAAAAGCUGGAAAGCCAAUGCAAUGCCCGAGUGUUUGCCAAGUAACAGCUGGUCAGGAGUUUCUAAAAGCAGUGGAGCUCUUGUUGUCAGACCCAAGUGUUCUGUCUCAGCCCUCCAGCAUUUACCUCCCGCAGUGUGAUGCUCAGGGUGCCUGGAGGCCGGUGCAGUGUAGUGGCCCUCCUGAGCAAGCCUUUGAGUGGUAUGAAAGGUGGAUCACAGAGAAUAAUGAAGGCAAAACCCUGCCCAUUUCUGACCUAUUGAACAUCAUAAAUGGAUACAAAGAGGUGUCUUCCAAAGGCUUUUCAGCUUUUAUUAAAGCUUUAUAUGAAACUGGGCACCAAAAUGUCUUUCCGGCAUUUACCACGUAUUCCUCCUUCACUGAUCUCCCACCUGAAGUGCUGGAAGGAAAUGUGACCUAUGCAUCUGAGAACAUUUUACUGGAUCCAUACACAUUUUGGCAGCUUCUGAAUGAGCAGCUGACCUAUUACCCAGGACCAUACACUGAUUUCAGUGCUCCACUAGGCCACUUUGAACUUCGUGAUUGUUGGUGUGUUGAUAGCAAAGGAGAAGAGCUGCAAGGAACAAAGGCAGAAGUGAACCAGGUCCCAGCAUGUCCUGGUGUAUGUGAAGCUGUUAAGCAGGAAGCCGUGAAAUUUAUGGAGGAAGCCAAGCAGCUCAUCCUAGCAUCAAACAGUUCCCACUUCCCUUUUGGAGAAAGCUUUUUGAUGGCAAAGGGGAUACAGCUGACAGAUGAUGACCUCCUACGUACUGCUCGGCCCUAUGAGUCUGAGGUGGUGGUCUCUGAAAAGCUGUUAUCAGGCAGUGACUAUGCUCUCCAGCUGGCUGCACACUCAGUCUUGCAUUUCUACUGGAGGAGUCACUUCACUUCCAAACGUUCUGCUGGGGAAGCAACACAGCUGGGAUUUCUCCCCUACAUCCCACAAUGUGAUGGCCUGGGAAACUGGGAGCCAACUCAGUGCUAUGAGAGCACAGGUCAUUGCUGGUGUGUUGAUGAGAGAGGACGUUAUGUCAUGGAUUCCUUGGUCUCACGUUCUGCAGAACUUCCUAAAUGCCAGACAUCAUGUCAACGAUCUCAAACCAAUGCCUUAAUUUCCAGCUGGAGACAGAGUGGUUCAAAGCUGGAUGCUUCUACAGCUGAGCUAUUCGUCCCCUACUGCCUUGAGACAGGAGAAUAUGCUGUGCUACAGAGAUCCAACACAGACACUUGGUGCUUAGAUCCUGUGUCAGGAGAAGUGCUUCAGAGUGGCAGCAAAGAUUUUAAUGGCAAUCCUGAAUGUCCUAGUUUCUGUAGUAUGCUGAAGUCUAAAGCUGGUUUACGAGAAGCUGGCAAAGGCUACAUCCCAGAAUGUGAAGGGGACAAAGGGACUUUCUCACCCCAGCAGUGCAGCCAGGAUCAAGAGAGCUGCUGGUGUGUCUUUGACAAUGGGGAAGAAGUGCCAGGGACACGAGUAAGCAGGGGAAGACCUGCCUGUGCAGGUCCACAGUGUGCUCUGCCAUUUGGUGUCUCAUCUGUCCUCAACGGAGCUGUGUUUUGUGAAAAUGUUUCUGGGCAAGCAGCAAGUGUCCAGCAGUGCUGGCUGGCCUGUCGCCAGGGCUUCCAGAGCACCUCUUCCAGCAGGUCCUUCCAGUGUGACGUGCAACAGCGUCGAUGGGUCUCGGCUGCCCCGCUCUACCAGGCCUGCCAGAAGCUCCAAUUAUUUCAGACAGUCCAAGCUCAAAUACACUUUCAACUACUGUUGCCUCCAGAGAAGACUUGCAGUUCUGACUACUCUGGAUUACUCCAGGCAUUCCAGAUAUUUAUUUUAGAUGAGUUGAAGGCUCGUGGUUUAUGUCACCUCCAGGUGAAUGCAUUUGGAAAUACUGGCUCUGUUUCCAUCUGUGAUGAUUCCACUGUUUAUGUUGAAUGCCUGAGCGCAGACCGCAUGGGGGUCAAUGUCACAUGGAGGACUCAGCUGGAAAACAUUCCUUCAGCUUCUCUCCCUGACUUACAUGACAUUGAAAACGCAAUUGUUGGAGAAAAUCUCAUUGGAGCAUUUAUAAAAGAGAUUAAGGAUGGUGGCUUUCUGCUGCAUUUGGACUCCAAGCAAUUCCUAGCAGAUCCUUUCAUUGAUUUUCCCCGAGAUGAAGAGUUUGACCUGUCUCCAAGUGUACAGCUAGGAUGUAGAAUUGUUUGUCCUCCAGGCACUCAUUUCCAGAACAAUGAAUGCAUUGCCUGUCCUCUUGGCUACUAUCAGCCUCAGACAGGACGUUCCUCCUGUAUGAAGUGUCCUGUGGGCAAAACGACCAACUCCUAUGGGGCAUUCAGUGCUGAUCACUGUGUCACGUAUUGUCAGAGCAAUGAAUGGGGUCUGCAGUGUGAUGAAGAUGGUCAGUAUAGACCUUCCCAGCAAGACCCUGACACUGCAAAAUCCUUCUGCAUUGACAGCUUUGGAGCAGCACUGGACUGGACUGAAACAGAUGAUCUCCUUACAGACUACCAGUGCCUAGUGCUUGGAAAAUUUGAAAGAGUUCCUGGCUCCAGACUGAUUUAUGGAUCAGAAGAAGCUCAAAUUCUUCAGUCGCAGUCAUAUGGGGGAGACGUGCAAAGUCCAGCUUUUCAGUGCAUUUCAGCCUGUGAGAAGGAAGAUAGAUGUGGUUUUGUGACAGUAGCUCCUGCUGGUGCUGAAGUGCUUUGUGAAUUGUACAGUGCUGCUGAAGUCAACUUCAACUGCACCACCUCUGGAUUGGUGCAAGGUGUUUUGGGGAAUCCCACUGCCAUUGGAGUUAGUCGCCUCAGCUGCCUGCUUCAUGUCAGGACUCCAGAGGGAGAUGCAGUGAUGGUCUAUUUGAAGAGAGAACAAGAAUUCAGCUCUUCAGGACUGAAGACCUUUGAGAGAACCAGUUUUCAGAACGUGCUCUCAGGCGUGAGUGGCUCCCUGGUGCUCUCAGCAGCCAGCACAUCUCUGGCUGAUGCCCAGCUUUUCUGUCGACAGAGCUGCAGCAGGGACUCUUGCUGUGAUGGCUUCAUCUUGACUCAGACUGCACUUGAUGGAGCUUCUAAGUUGAUGGAAGAAGCAGAAAGAAAUUUUACUGCCUUUCAGCAAAUUUACCUGUGGAGAGGCUCUGAUAUGGUCACCCAGACUAAAACCUCUGCAUGCAAUGCUACUGCUUUGAAGACAGAGAAUGAUCUGACAUUAUCAGAUUCCACCAAGGAUCUUUUCUACCUCAUGGACAACAGCCAGAUACAAAGUGACCAGAACUAUUCUCUCCCUUAUCAGCAGUACUGGAUCUUCAGGCAGAAGUACUCAGCAGAGGAAGCUGUGCUUUGGUGUCUCACACGUUGUGCAGAAGAAGAGGAAUUCUGUCGAAUGGCAGAUCUCCAAAGUGCCCCAGACAUGUACUUUGUGUGCACCCUCUAUCCAGAGGCACAGAUCUGCGACAGCAGCAUCGAUCAAAUACCUGACGCCUGUCGAACCGUGCUGCCCUGGCAACCACAAACACUGUAUCAUAAAAUAGUCACUCUAAAAAGUUCUGUCAAGAGCUUCUACAUACGUGUACCAUUCCAGAAAGUAACAGGGAUCUCCGUGAGGAAUAAGACUGAUAUGAGCAGAAAAGCUGUUUCAGAUGGCUUUUUUGAGUGUGAGCGUUGGUGUGAUGCUGACCCUUGUUGCACGGGAUUUGGCUUUUUUAAUGACUCCCAGUUAUCAGGUGGAAGGAUCGUGUGCGUGACGCUGAACAGCCUCGGAAUCCAGAUGUGUGCUGAAGAAACAAGUAGUCCUUGGCAAGUUUCAGAUUGUAGUUCACCAGAUGCUGAAGUCAGAAUACACCCAUUUGGCUGGUACCAAAAGCCUGCUGACUUGAAGAACACUGUGCCUAACCUGUGUCCACCUGUCAGUUUACCUCUCAGGUCAGAAACUGAGUCUUCCGACAUAUGGCAACUCCUACAUGCGUCCUCUGUUCUUAUGGAUUCGUCCAUCUCUAACUUUGAAGUUGUGCAAGUUAGUAGAGAUAUAUCCAAUGACUUUUCCACUGCCAGAGACUUCUGUCUAUCUGCUUGUUCAAAGAACCAAUCAUGUACAGUGGUUACCCUGGAAAUCCAGCCUUCAGCAAUAAGAUGCCUUUUCUAUCCUGACACACAGAUGUGCUCACACGGGCUGCAAGGGCACAGCUGCUGGGUUUUACUCAAAGAGCCAGCCACCUAUAUCUAUAGGAGACAAGAUUUAUUCCUGCCCAUUUCUGGAUCGGAUUUAACCCCAUCUGUGCACAUCCCAUCCCAUGGAGAUCUGAUGGGCAAAUCCAAGGUGAUCCACAUUGGUUCACAGUGGAAAAAUAUCAGCCAGUUCCUGGGGAUCCCCUAUGCUGCACCUCCCCUUGCAGAGAGGAGGUUUAGUCCUCCAGAGCCCUUCACUUGGGUGGAAACUUGGAAUGCCACUGCAGCUCGGGCAUCUUGUUGGCAACCAGGAGAUGGAGAGGCCCCAUCAAACUCUGUCAGUGAAGACUGCCUGUAUCUGAACAUCUUUGUUCCUGCCACCACU